UCUUUGCAGCGUCUGGUGUUACCUGUUCUGUGGUGGGUUUGAUUGAUGAGGAAAUUAGCACUUUUGCAAGAAUUCGUCUUUGAUAGAAGCUUCCAUAGAUACAAGAGCUGAGGAGCAAAGUUCCAUAAUCUGCAGCAUGAGUGAAGGACAGCGUCUGGAGCACUACAUGAGAGACUACAAAUAUGUGUAGUAUAAUAAGUCCCACUUGAAAUUGAAAUAAGUUUAUUGAGAAUGAGGCAACUUGUGGUAAUAUAAAGCAGUAACAAGUGAUUGGAUGAGAGCUGCGGAUUAACUGAAGAAUCAACUCGUCAAAAUGGGGACCAGAUCAGCAGCUUUUACGGCUAAAAUACGCAACCUGAAUGACUUCCAUCUGCGGCUCCUCCAUGCUGUUGUUCCAGCCCCUUCUGGCCUCGAUAUUGCCAACACCCUCAAAUACUUCUCUCAGACAUUACUAGGUGUGUUGCGAGAAAUUCAAGAACGGCCUAUGGACAUGCUGCGACACCGAGACCAGGACGCACUACGCCUGGCUCUCUUCCCUAACCUUGAUUAUACUGGCUUGCAUCAGUCACUUGUUGCUCUCGUUGACAUCAUUCCUCUGAUCCAGUAUGGCACACAGGUACUUGGCCAAGCCCUGCUGAAUACCCUGGCUUGCCUGGUAGUUUUCUUGGAGCGCAAAGUCAUUGACACUCUGCCUUACCUUGUGGCAUCCAUGAUGACGUCAAUUCCCGACACACUCCACCAGCAAUUGAUCACCACACUCUGUUAUUAUAUCCUGCCAGUGACCGUUGGUGCAACUGCUGCUGAGGGGGAAGAGGAGAACUAUGCUGCUGCUUCUGUUCCUGCUCUCUUGAUGAUGAUCUUCCAGUAUACUGACAAUGCAGCCUAUCACUGUGAGCUGUUAGAGUGCCUGAUGUCACUUAAGGCAGACAUGGUGAAGGACUUGCUGUGCGUCAUCGCAUAUGGCACCCCAACUGCUCGGCCCCCUGCUGCCAACCUCCUCUUCUAUUAUUGGCCUAACCUCAACCCAACCUUGUAUGAUCGCAGAGGCAUUCAUAUCAAAUUUAGCGACAUAUCAAGUGUGUUGAAGGCAAUGUUCAAUAAAUCGGCACAGGCCGCGAAAAGUGAUUCGAUAUCCCAGACUGCAAAUUCUGACAGUGGGGAAUCGAAAAAUCCAAAAGGUUGGAAGCCACUUCUGUGCCAGAUUGAAGAAUGCGAUGGCGAUGGCACUAAUGAAGCUGUCAAAGUUUGCCUUGACCAUGCCGUGUGUCUGGGAGCCUGCCCUGACAACCCGCCUCCUCUUUAUUUGUGCAUUGACUGUGUAGAAGAUAUCAAGAGAGAACAUAGCACAGUGGAGUUUUUUGAUAUACUUAUGCCAAUGGCACAAGUUUCGGCUACUUGUGAGAACAAGAACUGCCGAUCCACUGAAAAGAAUGCUAUAGCCACAUGUUUUAGCAUGGAGUGUGCAAGCUACAACAGCAACAAGCCUAUACGAUACUGUAGUCAGUGCAACAACAUCCGACACAAUAACAGACGCGGCACUGAUCACGUGGUCCACACCACCAUUGCAUCACCUUGGACAAUGGAGCCACAGAUGCAGAAUUAUAUUAUUGAAGCUAUUGUCAGUCUUCUUAAUGAGGCUCAACCAUUUGGAGAUAAAACAAAAUGCAAGGAUCACGACCGUCUCAACAGGGCUGGACUCCUCGACGAUAUUGAUAAGGGUGAAGGUCUAACCCCAGAAGAGAGCCGUUUACUGAGCCGUUAUGGAGUGUGGCUGGUUGUGGGGUUGUGUGCUCCAACCCCAGAAACACCCGUGGAGAUGCUGGGCCGUAUCUUAGCAGCUCUCUGCCAUUGGUUUAAUGCCACACAAUAUCUUCCUGAUGAUCAACAAGGGACAUCGAUUGAAAGGCUUAAAUCGGAAAAUAUCCACAACUGGCUUCAAGAUGUAUGCAAGACUCAUUUUGAGGUGUUUGUAGCCUGUCUCAUGCCUCAUCCAGUUGAAUAUGCUCGAGUUGGGGGUCACUGGGAUACCCUGGCAACCCGUACUGACCAUAUCAAGGAAGGGUUCAACCGGUUAUUUUGCUUGGUACCCUAUGAAUUAAUAACAGUUCAAGUGUGGGAUCGUGUUAUGCCUCACUGGAUGGAAGCCAUUCAUAAUGAAAUACCUGAGGAAGAACUCCCCGAACUUAAAAUUACACUUAGCAAGCUUUUGGAUUCUGACAUGAGUCCACUUGGAUUUGAUGCAACGCAGAUGUACAAAUUCAUCAGUGUUCGAUUUACCAACACUUCAGGCUCAGUUCAAGAACAAACUUUGUCUUGGCUUCAGAUUUUGACUUCUCUGAACAUAGUAAUUCCAAUGAGUUUACUUCUAACAAUAUUUAGUGAAGGGGUAUCAUCACUUUGCAACCCGCCACUGUCUGCAAGGAAAACAAGCACUUCUAGUAGGCAAGAUUCAGCUGUGUUGGAGCCGGUGGUAGAGGAUGAUUCUCACAGUAGUUCGGCUCUCUCCGAGGACGACAGGCCACCCUCAGAGCACCCAGAAGACCACUAUUCUGACCCAGAACUUAACCUCACAUGUUUUGUUCUCAUGCUGGAUGUCUUGUUUAAACAAAUGGAAGUUCAAGAAGUUGAAAAGCACCAAGGUGUUGAUGGUGAAGUAAGUGUACCAGUGAUGGCACUCAUCUGUGACAUGCUGAGUGCACCUUGCUUGGCUCCACACAACUGUGAUGGAGAACAAGAGUGUACCACAUGUGAACUCACCACAGCAUUUUUCCAGCUGGAAAUGGAUGUAGUAGCUUACCUGUGUCCACGAGUUGCCAUUCAGAAUAAUAGAGUAGCUGAUAUUAUACCUCCUGAAAUGGAAUCAUCACAAGUCAACAAAAGUCCUGAGUUAUCAACUAUAGAUGCUCAAAUUGGAAGCUCAACCCAUUCCCCUAAACCUUGUCACCAAUUGCCGACACCAAAAGACGGAGGACUGUUGUCAGCAAUGGCAAACAUGCCUCAGAUUGUCACAGCUACUGUGGAAACAGUUGGAGAAUUAGAUAUUGCACCCAACAUCCCUCAAGAACAUGUGGUGAAAGCUGUAGCCCGGGCAGUUACGCUAACUGAGGAAGAUGUUGCAUAUGCCACAGCCAAUGUAGCUCUGCCUAGUGUGGUAGGGGAGGAUGAUGAGCCUAUUGAUACCACUCAACAAGGUGAUGAAGAUAAGGAGAGUUUCUGGCUUACUUCCCAGGGCAAGUUCAAGUUUAGAAUUGAAGAUCUUCCACCUCAUUUGCAAGUGAUUUACACCUUGUUAAUUCGACUAGAAACAUUUGAGGAUGGUGACGUAGUGUACCACAUCUGUGAGUGUUUGAAGUAUCUUGUGCUGCAUGGUGAGGCUAUGGCUCAUGCGGCGGUUGAUCAUCGUGGUUUUCUCAUUUGGUGCCAAGAAAACAAAACUAUUGUAAUAAUGUGGUCUCUGAUUGAGGCGGAGUGGUCACAUGUUGCUGAGGUCUGCGUGUCCCUCUUACUUCACUUUGUUACUCUCCCAUGUGGUGCCGAUAUAUUUUGGAAGCUCUGUGAAAAUCACUUUAAUCAUCAAGAUUGGAAAGUUCGCUUUCAAGCAGUGGAAAAGGUGGUAGUCAUUGGUAGAUUUCUGGGAAUAUCUGCUGUUCGCCAAUGUCCAGGACUUCAGGCUGCUAUUGCACAUGCAUUUUGCUUCCUGAUCGCCUCACUAGAUGACAUAAAUGUGGGAGUAGCUCAGCGGGCAUCGCUCUACCUGACUACCUUACCUGAUGCUGGGCUCAGGGCUCUCUGUUGGUGUCUGGAACAGCAGUUUGAUAGUGUAAUUAUGGAUAGACCCAUGAUUAUUCAAGCCCUGCAUCAGCUGAGCUCACGACUGCCCGAUCGUCGCAUACUGACUUGGGAGUUCUUCUUCAACCGCUUCGAUGCUCUUUACCUUGAGGCCCAGAUUGCUCUUGAGAAGUAUGGGGACAUAGCUUUCCCAAGAGAUUUAAAGAAUUCCGACAUGACAAGUGAUGUGUUUGAGAGGAAGCUAAGUCGUGCAAAAGAUGCCUUGACUCUUGUACAGAGUGCUAGUGUGCGGACUCUCUCCGGAUCUCUUGGUACGAAGUGGCCGUACAAACGUACCAUGUCAGCUCCUGCCAACAUGUUUAACCGUACUGUUGAGAAGCAAGUGGAUAAAGAAAAGGAAAAAACAUAUCUCCGGCAAGCCUCCGCACCGUUGCUUAAACGCAAGACCUCGAAAUUUGGGCUUGGUCAGUUCAUAGGCACAAACCAGUCCAAUCAUUUAGCCUCAGCAGACGGAGGCAUGCGGUGUGGUGACGACGGGUCUAUUGUUCACCAGCUGCAGCGUGCCAUGGACCUUGAGGAAACUGAUAAAGAUACCCUGCAUCUUCUUGUGUUCCUCUUCAUGCAGUUCCUCUCUCAACCCCAGCAUGCUGGAGGAAGCGAGGACAAGGGAAGCGCGAAAGUGAUGAACCUGGUCCUCAGGCAUCUCUCUGUGCUGAUGGGCUUUAGUCCUCAGGAGCGUUGCUUUUCAAUAUUACCCUCCAAGAUCAGAGCAUCUCCAGUCUUUAAUGCCUUCUUAUCUAAUCUGCCACAUGUUUUGGAUCACAAUUUCUCUAUGGGGACGCUACUGCUUCCUACCUGCCUGCCAGUGUUGCAGUUCUGCAGCGCUCCGCACAGGGUGGCGGAUCUCCGCUACCCAGGAUUUAGCUUGUGGUGUCUUCAACCUCAUCCUAGAAAAUACUGGCUGAAAUCCGUUCUUACUUUCUUGUAUAAGUACAAGUACAGCAGUCAGCCACUGUCAACGCAAGCUCUCUCUCUGGUCCGCAUAGUGCUAAACACCAUAGAUAAUCACUAUCAUCGCUGUCGAAAAGUUGAUGACCCAACCUUGUGUGGUGCCAGCUCGGCAUAUUCUAGAGAGGUGAGCCAAGGAUCUAUUGGAGGAAAUGAAACGGAGCAUCCUGGAGACUCGCCACCUCAGUCACCUGGUCUGUUUCCUGGAAGUGGCCGUGUCGCCCACGUCACUGGAGGACCCCACACUGAGCCACGGACACAGGGCGUAACUAUGCAUAGUCAUCUUAAAUUGGCAUCUGUUGGAUCUGAAGACAGCAGGAAGCAAAGGAAGAACAAUGAGUCAAAUUUAGCGGCAGAUGGUGAUGAUGUAGAACCAGAAUUGGAAGCCAUACCUGAAAGUCCAAAAACAGACAGUCCGAUUUGCCAGGAAACUCUUGGUGAACUAGAACCUUAUGAGAACAUCAUGAAGGGUGAGCAAGCAGUGAUGCGUGUGGAACAUGAUCACAAUACUAAAGCUAUUGUGAUGCAUGCACCAUGUGCAAUGCCUUCUUCUGCUUCCAUCAUAGUUCCGCAGACCAUCCGUGCACAGGCAGUUACAUCAGUUAUGGCUUCACAGAUACAAGCAUUUGAUGAAUCCUUUACUGUUAAAAUUCAUAAUGCUGAACUCGCCACAGUAGACGUAAAUCUUCAAGAUGAUGAGAGAGUGCGAGCAGGAAAUUUGCAAAGCAAUGAUCACGUUGACAACAACUGUCAUCGGACAUGGAUUCUUGGACAUGAUGAAAUGGAAGUAGUCAGCAGCUCGGAGAAAGGCAAACUAGCUCACACCAAAUCCUCCAAACCAAAGGUUCACCGUACAAGUACUGUUGAUCUGGGCUUUCUAGGUCAUAAUUCACCAAAGGAAAGUCAGCAACUGAAAGCAAAUGGACGGGAGGUGAAGAAAGGGCCAGCAUCAGGAAGCCAUCUGUCUCCAAAAUCUGUUCACAGUCUCGGACAAAUUACUCCAGGUGAAGCAUUGAAAUCCAUUGAGCACGAAACCCGUGCGAAGUACAGCAACCCGGAUAUGUCACCUCGAGAACGUUUGCUUCCUGUUGGAAUGGAUAAAUGUGGAGUUGCAGACUCGGGAUGCAAUAAAGAUGGCAGUGAGCGGCAGGUUAAGAGAGCAGGUGCUCAGGCUGUACCCAAAAUGGAAGAGGCUGUUUAUGCAGAAGCUACUGUUGAAGAAGCAAGUGUUUACGAUCACUCUGUAAUUGAAGCAGUGGUUAGAAAGGACUCGAGAGUGGUGAUGGAUCCACGAGGAGACACUGGACAUCCAUCUUACAUCCACCACCGCUCUCCGCAGUCUCCACUCUCCAUGAUGGACUUGAUGACUCUGGGUUCACCAGUUGAAUUAGAUGACCAAACAAGUAUAGCGAUGGACUCACCAAAUACAGGGGUCGUGUCUCCUCCAGACGGUUUAGAACUUCCAACUCCUGAAAGGCUUCUGCCAGUUGGUGGGGAAAAGGCAACUCCUGGCAAGAAGCAUGAAGACAGUCAACCGGGAUCCAUUCUGGAACGCGUGUGGCAGGCAUUUGGAGGCUGGGCAAAUGGAAGCAAGGGCAGUGAUUGUGAACUGGUGGAGGUAGUGGCACAUAAAGAUGUCCACAAAUCACCGAAGCAAAAGAGUGUGGUUGGCCAAAGAGCCCAAAUGGAGAAGCAGGACCAAGUGAACACCUCUACAGAGGAGACAACUGAUACAUCAAACUCUGGCACCACAACGAACAAUUCAGGUCCUGAUGAUACCUGCAUUGGUAAAGGUAAUUUGCACAGCAGAGCCAAACCUGUCUCUGUAGAAAGUGAAGAAGAAGGUCUGAAGGAUGGAUAUCGAUGGAGUGAUAAUGACAAUAUUGCAUCUUUAUGUGGUGGUGUUGCCAAUUGCAACUUGCAAGGGCCUCCUCUCCCUCCAUCCAUCAAGCAGUCAUCACUUAGAGUUGGAGAAGACUGUAUGCUCUAUAGAUGCAUGGAAUGUGGGGAAGUGUUGGAAGAAUUUUCCAAUGACGAUCUGGGCUUAUGCAUCAUAAUCCUCUCUACAUUUGUGUACCGACAACCUGGUCUUGCUGCACCUCUGCUCCCGAGAAUGUUAAAAACAGUGGCCAGGGUGUCUGGAAGUGAGAUAUUCUCCUGGCAAUACGAGAGCUCUGUCCACCUCCCUGGCUCAUCAACGAGUAUUGGCCGUCAGUUUCUUCGCUGUGUUCUACAUCAGCUUGCUCCAAAUCAAAUUUUUAACCAAAUAUUUUUCACCAAUAUCGAAGAAUAUCAGCGUGUUCAACUUUUCAAAACUCUAGCACAAGCUCUGAUGGAUUUCAAUGAGCUGAAUCCUUCGGCUCCCAUUCAAUUGCUUCUUGAGAAUCAGAACAGCAAGAAGGUUCUGCCAACUGAGAACCUUGCACAUUUGCUUGGAAAUGUUGCAUCAUAUAUGGAGUGUGUUGGACAAGACGGUGGUGGCGGCCUUUCUUCCAGUUUGGUUCCUCUCUUUGACACGUUCCUUCGUAAAGUUCUCCUUUGUAUCAAUGUUAUGACAGACUUGAACCCAGUGUUGAGGAUUCUAGUAGCAAUUCUCAAGAUUCCAGGGGUGUCAUCCCAUAAGAGUGUUCUUGACCCAGUGUCAAAGCUAGUGAGCUAUUCCAUUCAGAACUCGGUCAUGAAGUACGAGCACCUGAGUGACAUGUGUCAUCUGUGCAACCGCAUCUUUUCAAGGGAGAGAGACAAGUUGUUGCUGCCAAGGUUGGUUGUGUACGAGUUGGUUCAAGCACUCAAGUUUAAGACGUCAAUCCCAGACACCAACUUGGUUCUUCUUGUGCAGCUUGUUGUACAGGACAGUGGAGGAACUCUGGGCAGCAAUUCUGUUGUUGGAGACCUACCUAAGGACAUUCAAGAUAUCCAUAAUCUUCCUAAUACUUGUGCUGCUGAGUGUAUGAGGUCACAUUUGCACGAUGCUCUCGAGUUCAUUGCUGAUGUACACACACUAACCAAAGUGAAGUCAAAUUGCCGUAGCAGCGUUGGCUUGAACGAGGACACAAUGGGUGGGCUAGUAAAGGCUGGCAUCUCUCAAUAUUUGGCAUUAGAAAUCACCCGUGGUAACAGCAGAGACAAUAGAGCUAUCACCAAGUACCUGCCAUGGCUCAACAAUCCUCCAACUACUGUUCAACAAGGACCCCGAGAAUUUAUUGACUGUGUGUCGCACAUUCGUUUACUGUCGUGGCUACUGCUUGGGGCUUUGACUCACACCUGCCUUGUGGGAAGCUCUGCCUCAAUAGUGUGCCAGCCCAUACCUCCAGAAGCCUCCUGUCAUAUUGCUGACCACAUUCAGGUGAUCUUGGCAGGUUUUGCUGAACAAUCAAAAACGUCUGUGCUUCAUAUGUCAUCUCUGUUCCAUGCUUUUAUUUUGUGUCAGCUAUGGACAGUGUACCUGGAGCAAGGUGCUGGCAGCCCUGGAGGAGACAGUUAUAACAGCAUCUCUGCCAUCCUUACUGAUUUUUGGGCCAAGGUCACGCCAGGCAUUCUUCAGCUGGUUUCACACUCUAAAGUGGAAACUGAGACAGCCCAGCUGAGUGAGAUGGUCAACCUACACUUCCUGAGUCUAAUGGAGGCCCUUCACGAGUGUCGCUCUACUGUCCUUACCAAAUUAUUGCCUCUCUGGGCUCCAGUUUUGUACACUCAUCACACUAAGUUACCAGGACAGCUAGCCGUGAGACUGCAAGCAUGUCAAAAUGCAGCACCUCCAACCGACCUGGAGACUCCACGGCCCAGCACCACCACCACCUUGCCAAAUCUCUUACGCUGGCUCCAUCGACUCCAGUUCAAGAUGGGCCAAAUAGAACUUCAGUCAUCUGCUGCUACACAGUUCUACUCAGUGUAGAAUUAUUUACUGUAACAGGAGAAAAAUAUGAAUUGACAACUACAGUAUCAUUCGACUAUAGAAAAAUAUGAAUUGUUAAUUUUAUUAGAUCUAUAUUGUAAUAUACAUAUAUAUAAAUGUAGUCAUAUAUAUAUUAUUUAUAAAAGAGAAUAGUGAAUAUAUUUAUAUAAAUAUUUGAAUGAUAAUGUAGAGGCAACUCAAAAUUCAGGUUAGUUAUAUGUAGCAAAAUUCUGUAUAUUGAACCCCUAUUUUACUACUAACUUUCAUUAAAUAUAUUAUAAAUGUAAACAAUCGAAUGUUUAAUCUAUGAUGAUCACAUUGCUGCAGUACGCAACAGUAAAAACUGUUCAACUACAAUUUUGUUGAUGUUGAUAAGCACUGUCAAUCUUCCCAUAUACUGUAUAUGAAUGGGCAUCAAAGAUUCUCAUUGAUAUGUGAAUAGCUCAUACAGUAUAUCAUGUAUUUAAUAAAUAUUUGCUCAGUUUUUAUUUAGUCAAAUUUUAAUUGUAUACUACCAAGUUUUUAUAUUAUUUUAUUUUAUAUUUUAUAUUAGUUUUUAUUUUCAGUAUUUUAUUUAUUCAGAUAUUAUUUAUUUUGUGUAUUUAAAUAAAAAAACAGCGUUGAAACGCCAUUUUCUGGGUGAGUCCCGGAGGCUCCCCCAGAAACUUUCAUUUGAGAUCAGCUUCUCAUAUUCUUAUCAAUAUGUAAAUGUAUAUAUUGAAUAAAUGUCUACUAUAUUACA